AUGUUUACUGCUGUCCUCUCUCUGCUUUUCUUUACAGGUGGGGUGUCCACAGAGAGGAAAUGCAGUUAUCAGGAAGUGUUAAAUCAUCUUAACCUGACUAAAUCCAAUGAGCUGUACUUCAUGACCCGACCUGUUAAAGACUACACACAGCCCACAUGGGUGUCAGUGGAAGUCCUGCUCUACGCCAUUUUAGACGUGGUUGAGAAAGACCAGACAUUCAUUCCUUAUGUUUGGACUGUUACGAGGUGGCAGAAUGAAUAUAUUUCUUGGAUACCAAAUGACUUUUGUGAAAUUGAUAAAGUGUCCCUUCCUACUGAAGUUUUGUGGAAGCCUGAUCUUAUCAUUGAAGAGAUGACAGAGAUGGGCAAAGCACCAGUUAUUCCAUAUCUCUUCAUCGAUUCUAAAGGAUAUGUUGAAGUUCAUGAAGACCAGGCUCUGGUCAGCACCUGCCGAAUGCAUGUUUACAAAUUCCCAUUCGACACACAGAGCUGCAACCUCACAUUUAAGUCUGCCAUUCACACUGCUAAAGAUAUAAGACUCCAGGCGAGCGACAACUCAUCAGAAGCCACAGAAUGGUCUCGUGAAGUGACCAUUGAAAUAAACAUGAAGAGAAGAUCUCUUCUGUACGUCAUCAAUUUCUUGCUGCCCGUCCUGUUCUCCCUGUGUCUGGACUUGGCCUCCCUCCUCAUCUCAAACAACAGGGAGGAAAAACUCACUUUCAAAGUCACUGUGUUGCUCGCCGUCACAGUAUUGCAGCUUAUUCUGAAUGAAAUUCUGCCAGCGGCAUCACACAGUAUCCCACUUAUAGCGGUCUACUGCAUUGGGAUGUUUACUCUGAUGCUACUCAGCCUCCUGGAGACGAUUGUGGUCAUGUAUCUGAUGAAAAAAGACAAUGUUUAUCGGGAAAACACAGCAGACAAUGUGGGAUGUUUAAGAGAAGAUGCCAGGGAUAACUGGAACCACACUGAUAAUGUUUUUGACAGAGGAAAAGUUUAUGGUUCAUCCAUCUAUAAUGUGCCCUCUGCUGACAUCCCAUCGCUGUUGGGUCGACAGGUUUGA